AUGUAAAGCUAAAGUGACGUCUGACGAAACUACAGGCACAGAUUCGGUCAAGGAUGGAGGAAGAAGCACGCAGGCUGCUCGAAGAAGGAAUAAGCAAAAAACUGAUCAGUCCUGGUAAAGGAGAGCUAUCGACUUUCCCUGAUGGAACCAAGGUGGUGUUUCACUACCGCACCAGCUUGUGUGAUGGGACAGUGCUGGAUGACUCCAGAACCAUGGGGAACCGCAGUAAACCCAUGGAGCUCAUCCUGGGCAAGAAGUUCAAGUUAGCCGUCUGGGAGACAGUCAUCAUCACCAUGAGACAAGGCGAAAUAGCAGAAUUUACGUGUGACACAAAGCACACAGCAUUGUAUCCUCUGGUGUCCCAGUCCCUGAGGAACAUCAGUGCUGGUAAGGACCCCCUAGAAGGCCAGAGGCACUGCUGUGGCAUUGCACAGAUCCACUCCCACCACUCUCUAGGGCACAAAGAUCUUGAUCAGCUUCAGGCCAAUCCACAGCCUCUGGUCUUCUCUAUCGAGUUGUUGGAGGUGCUGCCUCCAGGUUCAUUCCAGCUCGAUGUGUGGGCUAUGACAGAUGAAGAGAAACUCCAGUUUGUGCCUCAGAUCCAUGAGGAAGGCAACCGGCUAUUCAAACAAGGCAAUAUUACAGAGGCUGCAGAGAAAUACUACAAUGGAAUUGCCUGUAUUAAAAAUCUACAGAUGAAGGAGCAUCCUGGAGAUGGAAGCUGGGUUAAAUUAGACAUGAUGAUUACACCUCUUCUUCUCAACUACUGCCAGUGCAAGUUAUUGCUUGGCCAGUACUAUGAAGUCAUUGAACACUGCUCAUCCUUGAUCUUCAAAUAUGAAGACAACAUAAAGGCCUACUACAAGCGGGCGAAGGCCCACGCCGCAGUGUGGAAUGAGAGUGAGGCCCGUGCAGACUUUGCUAAGGUGUUGGAACUGGACCCCUCACUGGGACCAUGUGUGGCCAAGGAGCUGCGGACCAUGGAGGACAAGCUCCGCUCUAAGGGGAAGGAGGAAAAGGGUCGCUACAAAGGCCUAUUCAACUACAAUGAACCAUCAGCUACUGCCACAACUGGUUGAAUCCAACUUUAAAUUGCAGGAGAAUGCCCACAGAUUUCUUGAUGGAAGAGAACCAGAAUACUUCUGGAGUUCUAGAUUCAUCCACUGUCUCUGACACUGCCCCCCUCGAUGGUACAUGCAGGAACAUCUUCACCGUUAGCUCAUUCAGACACACUCAUUCACUAAUUUUAAAGGUGCAGUGUAGAUUAUUGCCUUACAUCUCCAAACACCUUCUCUGUAAUUGUAAAAUGCAGACUUUAAUUAAGGCAUGCUAGGCUACUGGCAUCAUUGUCUGUGAUCCAAAAACACUUUCAAGGUCCCCACCCCUUGUGUAUCUUGUAAGUCUCCGAAACAUUAAUGGGAAACAACACUCUUAAAGUAAAAACUGGCUGCAGAGAAUUUUGUAAGUUAAUGAUGAACUGAUUUGCUUUUUGCAUUAUUGUAUUGCUAUUGAUAAUGUGAACACCAAUUUCAGUCCCACUGUUUUAGAUAGUAGUUUUACUUUUAUGGUAUCAUGUUUUAUCUGAAAUGUAGUAUGCUGAAUAAUCCUAGAUUUACAUCCGACAAGAUAAUAUUACAUUGGUUUUCAGACAGGAUAUCUUGUCACGUGGACUCCCCACUCACACCCCUUGGUCACAGCAAAACUAGGUAAAAGGAGGUGGCAGAAUGGACAUGGAAACCAAGCAGUUUGUGACAGUUAUUAAAUAACACACAUGAACUUACCUAUUAUUUCCUCUAUUUACUUGUUACAUAUAUGUACAAAAUAUUGCAUUAUGUUUUUGUCACUAUGUACCCUCAGCAAGCCCUCCAUAUAUCCAGCAUUUGCUGUCAAAGAGCUACACUUCAUGUGAAGCAAUGGGCUGCUAUGAAAAACUGAAUUGUGAUGUCACCAAGGUUAUUAUGAGUGCAAAUAAAUGUGUCUAUUCCUUA